GAAGGUGUCAACACGGGAGAACUCUGUUCCAGCAACAAUGUCAGGAGACGUGAUACAGGGAACGAGUUGAACAGUCUAGCGAGAGACCCCUGGCGUCUCCAUCUCAGGUGGGAAGACAAGCCCGGCGACCCCACGGGUGCGGUGAGGGGGGCGAGGCCCGCAAGCGCGGGAAGGCCCCCGAGGAGACGGCCGAGGGACCGUGGAGAACGGGUCAGCAGCAAGGGAAGGACCGCGGGCGUCCCCCCAGGAGCCGAGCGCAAGGGGUGGCGGGAGCUCUUCCUGAGGCAGAUGUCCUUGGCGAUCCUUGAUUGUGAUUGUAUUUAAGAGUGAAGUGCUAUAACGUGUAUUGGAGGGUCUUUGCACACAGGUGUGGCUGCUGACUGGUGGACUCACUGUAGGAUUAUCAGAGGCGGAUCUUAGAUGGAAGCCUUGGCUUUGCUGCAGGGGUCAUGCUGGCCGCUUCCUAUUGGUCGCUCCUGGCCCCAGCGGUGGAGAUGGCUACGUCCUCUGGUGGCUUUGGUGCCUUGGCCUUUUUCCCUGUGGCUGUCGGCUUCACCCUCGGAGCUGCGUUUGUCUACCUGGCUGACCUCCUCAUGCCUCACCGGGGUGCAGCAGAAGACCCCCAGAUGGCCCUGGCACUGAAUCACGACCCUGCGUUGAUGAAGAAGUCUGAUGCUGAGGGUCCCAGGCCGUUCUUCCCCGAGAGUGAACUUUCCAUCCGGAUAGGUAGAGCUGGGCUUCUUUCAGACAAGAGUGAGAAUGGCGAGGCAUAUCAGCGGAAGAAGGCAGUGACCGCCGACCUUCCAGAGGGCCCAGCUGCCCCCGUGCCGUCUCAAGGGAGCCCGGUGCCGCCCGGCGGCAGCAGCUGGAGGAGGAUCGUGCUACUCAUCUUGGCCAUCACCAUACACAACAUCCCAGGAAGGGAAGAAGAUGGGGAGGAGACUGGAGGGUUCAUGGAUGAGAAUUUAAGUCACAUGGAAAGCCUUUCCACAGAGGGUCUUGCUGUUGGAGUUGGAUUUGGGGCUGUAGAAAAGACGGCAUCUGCUACCUUUGAGAGCGCCAGGAAUUUAGCCAUUGGAAUUGGGAUCCAGAAUUUCCCGGAGGGCCUUGCUGUCAGCCUCCCGCUGCGAGGGGCUGGAUUCUCCACCUGGAGAGCCUUCUGGUACGGGCAGCUCAGCGGCAUGGUGGAGCCCCUGGCCGGGGUCUUUGGUGCCUUUGCCGUGGUGCUGGCGGAGCCCAUCCUGCCCUAUGCUCUGGCCUUUGCUGCCGGCGCCAUGGUCUAUGUGAUCAUGGAUGACAUCAUCCCCGAAGCCCACAUCAGUGGUAACGGGAAACUGGCGUCCUGGGCCUCCAUCCUGGGUUUUGUGGUGAUGAUGUCGUUGGAUGUUGGUCUGGGCUAGUUGCUGAAGUGCCUCGGACCCCAGGAAAGGCAGCACGAGGAAACGGCCGGGAUUGGCUUCUUCAGGACCACAGCCUCUUUCUUCACAUCAAAACGUUUUUCCUUUCUCUCCUUUUUGUCUCAUUACGCUGAUUGACUCUGAUCAUGACAAUUUUUAGUUUUCUUUUAAGGGAGAUGGUGGUUUUAUUUGGAAUUUCCGGUAGUCACAGAACUACAGAUUUUUGCUUGGCCACUACAUGGACUCUUUCUUCGGUGGGAAAACCAAGGACCUACAGAUCAGGGAAGUCUCUGCUUUUGCACCUUUGGUCUCCCUCACUGGACUCAGUGGCAACUCCUCAAGGUCACCUACAGAAGCAAGCUACCAAGAGAGAAGUCUCCCAAGCAUCUUUGCCUAGUGACUCAGAGCAGAGUGGCCAGGACAGCUCUUGUCUGUCCUUCCCGAUCUUUUACCGUUGAUCCUCUGUCCAUCAAGACUCGAACAGGAGCAUCGUGGACAAAGCAACCUACUUCCCAAGGCCCAAGGAGGAACAUACCUUCUUCUGCCUCCCCCGAGGGGGAGGCUGCAUGGGGUGAGACACAGACAAAGGGAAGAAAAGCAGCUAGUCUUUCUCUUUUUUUAAGGCAAAGAUUGACACUAUUGAAAUUAAGGGAAUUAGGACAACUGUGAACACACAGUGAGCCCUUUGAAAAGAGGACAGGGUGGAGCUUUGAUCAGAGACCUCUGCUCUCUCUGGAUUCCAAGAGCAAACCGGUUUGCCAUGGUUUCCAAGUCCCCUAGACAUGUGUUUUGAUAAGCUUAUAGGCUUCGUUUUUCUAAGAGACUUGGGGACACCAGCAAACUGCUAGAACUCAAUCCCUUCAUUUACUUAUGGAGGGAGCCACUUAAGCUCAUUUAAGUGAGCGAAAGACUUUUGGAAUCUGCACUGGGUCCUUCUCUGUUGACUAUUCGGUAACUCAUAACCUGACCCAGAGCUCUUAAGCUGCUGUGUUGGAUUUUGGCCAGAGAGCUCAGGAUAAGAAAGGAAAAGGGGUAGGAAAAGAAGAGGUAUUUUUAACAUUUCCCUUUUAAAGUAAAUUUGAGACAAGUCAUCAUUCUAAAAUGACCCUAAAGAAUGACUUGAACGAGACUACUCCCUUAUCCACACAGCUUCUCCAUCAGGGGUGACAUAACUUGUCUGCUUCCAGCACAGCUAAGGCCUGCCAUCCUCACUGGUCGUAGGAGCCUUCGGGACCUUGAGUGGGCGCUGCUGACAAGGCAGGCAGCCCAGGAGGCAGGUAUUCAGAUGCCGUGUGAUCAAUGCCUGCCCUGCGUUUACAUGUCCCAGUGCUGCCAAGGGUGAAUACUCUGUUCUAGGAAUGCCCUAUAACCCUACGCUAGAUCUAUGUUCGUUCCUCCGGAGCACUGAUGAUCACAAUUGAAGACACAUUCAGAGGUUUGAUUGGUGGAGGUUCGUUGGUUUGGUGGUUGGCAUAUGGGUAUUUUUAUGUCUUUGUAUGUCGUUCUACAUAAUGCAGACUUCUUUCUGACGGACAAGACCUCAUAACUGUGAUUAAUUCCAAUAAAGGGGAUAUUGUUGUGGA